GUCAAAGUCAAGAGCGGCUUCUGUUGUCGAUCUCUGAUUCCUCUUUCCUUCCUCUUUCUUUCUGGGACGGCAAGUUAGAGAGAGGAGGAGGGAGGUGAAAGGGUGUGAAAAGACCAAAUUGAUCUUCGGUCUUCUUUCUUCCUCUCUCUCGAGCUUCUUCUUCGUUUUGUUCCUUUCUGCAGAGACACCAUGAACGAGAAGGCCAACGUUUCCAAAGAGCUCAACGCCAAGCACAGAAAGAUACUGGAAGGACUUCUUAAAUUGCCAGAGAAUAGGGAAUGUGCUGACUGCAAAUCUAAAGGUCCAAGAUGGGCUAGUGUGAAUUUAGGCAUAUUUAUAUGUAUGCAGUGUUCGGGGAUCCAUAGAAGUCUUGGGGUACACAUAUCGAAGGUGCGGUCUGCUACCCUGGACACUUGGCUUCCAGAGCAGGUUGCCUUUAUUCAAUCCAUGGGAAAUGAGAAGGCAAAUAGUUACUGGGAAGCCGAACUACCUCCAAAUUAUGAUAGAGUUGGAAUUGAAAAUUUUAUUCGUGCAAAGUACGAUGACAAGAGAUGGAUUCCAAAGGAUGGAAAAACAAAAUCAUCAACUAGAGGGCAGGAAGACAAGGCUUCUGUGCAUUGGCAGAGACCUGGGGAAAGAAGUGGUCCGGGCCCUAGUUCUGGUUCUGAAAAGACAUUUGAGGAAAGGAAGAACACUCGACCAUCUAGUACUAUUCCCUCUACCAAAAUGAGCAUUCCUGUUCCACCUAAAGGACCUGAGCAGAAAAUAGAACCAGCACCAGCGGUGCCCCAAGCUGAAGCAACAAAGCAGCCUUUGAAUGCUGCUUCUGCUGUCUCUCCACCAAAGGUUGACUACGCAACUGACCUUUUCAACAUGUUAACCAUGGAUGCUCCAAGUGAAAACGGCUCAGGAGAAGCUUCACCUGAUGAUAAUUCUUGGGCAGGUUUUCAGUCUGCUGGAGAAGCAAUGACAGCUGAGAAAACUGGUACGACAAAACCAGUUGAAAGUGGUCCCCAGUCUACCUCUGGAAUUGAGGAUCUUUUUAAAAAUUCACCUUCAGUUAUACCUACUCUAGUUUCAGAGAAACCCCAGAAACAUGGGAAUAAUGAUAUUAUGAGCCUUUUUGAGAAGUCAAGCAUGGUGUCGCCAUUUUCUAUGCAUCAACAACAGCUUAUGAUGCUUGCUCAGCAACAGUCCCUUCUCAUGGCUGCUGCAGCUAAAUCUGCUGGUGGGGAACUGAAAGUUCUUGGCACUGCACAACAACCUGGGUCCAAUGGCAGUAUCAAUUUGCCCACUCAAAGUUGGGUAAAUGCUGGCUACCCGAUGCCUGGAAUGACAAGGAACAUGGUGCCAGCAUAUCCAGUGGGCGGCUCUGUUUCAUAUCCUACAUCUAGCAUGUAUUCCAUGGGGCAAUCCACCCAAUUUAAUACUGCCGCCACCAGUGCAGUGAGUAAACCUCAAUCGGCAUCUGCAGUACCAUCUAUGCCUCCGACUCGAGCAGGAAAUGAUCAUGAUUUCUCCUCCCUAACGCAAGGGAUGUUCUCAAAACAGUAAGUUGCCUUUCGGGCGAUAAUGCUUGCUUUUCCAUACUAUACAAAAUUAGAUUAAUUACAGGAAAAUAGCACUUGGACAUUUCUUAUAUGUACUCGGGGUUGUAAACCAUUUGUAGAGGCAGUUCAUAUUUCUUUCCCCUCCAUAUCUGAGUGAUUCGUUCAUUUGUACCAGUAGUUGUAUCUGUAGUAAUAAAAAAUGAGUUUAGAUUGAUUUUAA